AUGGCGCUCCCGGCCCCGCUCCGCUCCCGGUGCCGGCCCCGCUCCGCCCCACGUGCGCGCGGCGCGCCGGAACCGGAGCUGCCCCGGGGCCGCGCGGGACCGGAAGCGGAAGCGGCGGCGCGGCGGGAGAUUCGGGCGCUGCCGGCGGCGGCCCCAGCCAUGGUGCAGAUCGUCGUCUCCAGCGGCGGCACGGGGGCCCUGGCACGGUGGGUGCUGGUGGAGCUGCAGGGAGAGGUGCAGCCCCGGCAGAGUGGGGACCUGGCCGGGAGCCUGCUGGGGGACCUGCACUACACCUCUGAGGGCGUGCCCGUGCUCAUCGUGGGUCACCACGUCCUCUACGGGAAGGUGGUGCAGCUGGAGAAGCCGUUUGCUGUGCUGGUGAAGCAGGGAGGAGCCCCCCAGGCCAGCCCCGAGGGGCCCCACGGCCGCUACACCGUCACUGCCCUCAUCAAGACCAAACUGCUCUUCAAAACGCGCCCCAAGCCCAUCAUCACCCACGUGCCCAAGAAGGUGUGAGGGGAAGGAUGGGGGCUCUGAACUGUGAUCUGCUGCUGGAGAGAGCAGCAGGGAUGUGGGGAGAUCCAGGACCUUCCUAUCUUGCACAGGGGACUCUGGCUGCUUCGUCCUGUGUCUGGGUACCCAGAGCCCUUCCUGGGUCAUUGUCCCCCCCAGAAUGACUCUUUUCAGAGAGCAGCCAAGCUCCUGGACACAGGCCCUGUGGCUCACCCCAGGGGACGUGGCUCCUGGUAGUUAGGGACUUCCUGUGAGCCUGGGCAGGGGUGUCCCACCCCAGGGGCUGCCCACGGUGUCCAGCAGGUCCCAGGGAUCCCUGGAGGUGGAGAUGUCUCCUUCUACCCCCUCCCCGCAGCUCUAGGGACACCAGUGCCACGCAGGGACUCAGGACCAACCUCCCUCAAGUGGGGCAGGGGGACCAGGGACCCUCCCCAAAACACACCGUGUGUCCUCACUUCAAGUCUUUAUUUCUGCAACUCCAUCAGGAUAUAAAAACCAGCUCUUUCCACCCGAAAUAUGGAAAAAAUCCCCUGGCAGG